UGGUGCCCCGAGGAAGUAAUAGACGAAGGGAUAGGAAUGUGCGGUUUGCUAAAUGAACAAGAAAAGCAGAAAAGCAGGCUGAAUUGUGUAGUGUUCCCACUAUUUUUGUAACAUUACUUUUUGUGUUGUUUCCAAUAAUAUAUUUGUUCUUAUGGCAGCCACGCUGGAUUUCAGGACCCACGCCGACCAGUCAUGCAGAUAUUCAGAAGAAUUUGUCAACAUUUAUUACGACUGUAUGGAUAAGAAGAGGAGGAAUUUAAUCCGGCUCUACCUGGACAAGGCCACCUUGGUGUGGAAUGGAAAUGCGGUAUCAGGACAGGAAGCCCUGGGCGAGUUUUUUGAGUCACUGCCAUCCAGCGAGUUCCAGGUUCAAACCCUUGAUUGCCAGCCUGUCCAUGAACAAGCAACCCAAGGCCAGACGACGCUGCUUGUGGUGACUGGAGGCACGGUCAAGUUUGAAGGAAACAAACAGCGUUUUUUCAACCAGAACUUUCUUCUAACGGCUCAGGCUUCACCCAACAACGACCAGCCUGUGUGGAAGAUUGCCAGCGACUGUUUCCGCUUUCAAGACUGGAAUAGCUGAGGCCCUCUCCACCUCCGGCUUCCACUAAGUGUACAAACGCUCAGCAGUGAUUGCUGUGAGGAAACAAA